AACACAUCAGAUGAGUGGAGACAUGGUGCAGCUGUACUGCUGGGGAGACAGCUCCAGUGAACAGUUCGGUCCUCAGGAUGCGCUCAGCCCGGCUUCAUGGACCGUCCCCGGGGCUGUAACACACAUCUGCUGCGGGGACCAGUGCUCUUUAUUCCUCACUAGGGAUGGAGGCGUUUUAUCAUGUGGACACAACUCACAGGGACAACUUGGACGAAAGAAAGUUAAGGAUGGAAAGACGCCAGGUCGUGUGGAUGGGCUGGGCAAUGUGGUGUCCAUAGCCUGCGGUCAGGACCACUGUCUGGCUGUCUGUGCAUCUGGACAGGUGUUCUCCUGGGGGGCCGGAGACGAUGGGCAGCGAGGCAUUUUACCAAAUCUACUGUGCAAAAGACCAAGUCAGGUGCCGAUGCCACUGCAGAUACCAGUGAUUCAAGUUGCUUGUGGGAACUCCCACUCUUUGGCACUCACUACAGGAGGCGAUGUCUUCUCGUGGGGUUUGAACAGUCAUGGUCAGCUGGGUCUGGGCAAAGAGGUUGGGCUGCAGUAUGUACCAGAUCUGGUAACCGCUCUGAACGGAGUAGCGGUGACCCAGAUUUCAGCCGGAGCGACCCACACUCUGUUCCUCACGCUCCCAGGCCUGGUGUACUGCUGUGGGGCCAAUAAAUCUGGCCAGCUUGGUCUCAACAGGGUGGAUGAGAAAGGCAGAUUCAACAUCUGUAUGGUUCCUGCCCUCAGACCUCUGGGUGUCUCCUUCAUAAGCUGUGGAGAGGCUCACUCUACAGUGUUAACACAGGAUGGCAAGGUUUUUACUUUUGGAGAGGGAAGAUAUGGUCAGCUUGGUCACAACUCCUCUGCCAAUGAAUUGAGACCCAGACUGGUCGAUGGUCUGGACGGACCCGCCUCGCAGAUUUCUUGUGGCAGACGUCACACUCUGGUUUUGGGCUCCUCCGGCCAGCUGUGGGCUUUUGGCAAUGGAGCCAAAGGUCAAAUUGGGACUGGACGGCCAGAGGACAGUCUGACUCCUACGCUGGUUAAUUUUCCAUGGACCACUGACGGUGCAGCAGACAUACCCAAAGACAUGAAAAUAUCAGCUGGGUGGAACACAAGCUUCUGUUACACUUCGCCUACACAGAGCUUGGACCAGGGACAGAUAACCGGCCGUCUCGAUGCAACAAAACUGCAAAAUUGGCUGUCGAUGAGAUAUGGCAACGCAGAGGCAAAGAGAGAAAUAUCUUCGAUGUUUCUGACAAGUUCAAGUCUGGUUGCAAGUUUCACAAGAUCUGAUGUGCCUCCAGCCGAAGGAGACGUCUUGACUGUGGAUCUUGAAGCAGCCAGCCAAGCUUUCGAUCAGCUACUGGCAAUACCAUGGAUCAAACAAUCCGUAAACCUAAACCCCCUGAUCCAGUUACUUUUAGGAUCAAGUCUUGACCUAAAAUCACCAGAGAUCCUCCUGAUCCUGCUGACGUGUCCACUUUUGCAAGAGGAGUCUAACGUCAUGAACGGGGUGUUGCUGCUGGCUGUGAUUAUUGCAAAUCUGAAUGAGAAGACUCUGGAAAUACUAAGACGCCGUUGGUCAUCCCUGACACCCGCCAUACUAAUGAGACACAUCUUGGCGUUCAGAAAGGCUCUGGCCUUCAUGCUAGGAAAUGGCCUCUUGGCAACUCACAACCCAGGAGUCAAAUACCUGCUGGAAGCCCUCAAGCUACUCUACAAAGCAAACAAAACUGGAAAGUCCUACAAAGUCCCACUGAGCACCUUUUAUGUAGAGGAAAUCAGUACAAGUGUGCAGCCAAUCGCAGAUGUCACUCUUUGGAGAGAAUUGUCUAACGUCGAGGAUGACGUCAACACACCCGCCAUUUUCUGCCGCUACCCAUUCCUGUUCACCCUGGUUUGCAAGGUGGCAAUCUUUAAGAUCUUCUCAUCCAUAGAGAAGAAAACACAACUUUUCUAUCAUCAAAUGGCUUUGUGUUGUCCUGUGGAGAUGUGGCCAGAUUGUCCAGACUCUGCCCCGGCCCCGGUGUUCCAGCUAACUCUGAGAAAAACUCACCUGGUCGAGGACACCUUCAGACAGCUCGCUGCAGCCGACCACUGCGCUUUCAAAAGGGAGCUUUUGGUGCAGUUUGUACACGACCGGAAGUUAACAAACGUCAACAUAAAAGACUUCUUCCUGCAUGUGUUUGAUGAUCUGAUGGCUCCUGAGUCUGAAAUGUUCAUGUACAACGAGAGCAACAGUCUGGCUUGGUUCCCUCCCAAGCCAAAAGUGGAGGAGAAGACUUACUUCCUGUUUGGCGUUCUGUGCGGCCUGGCUCUUUACAAUCACAACAUUGUCUGCAUGCCCUUCCCACUGGUCCUCUUCAAGAAGCUGCUUAGAGUCAAACCCUCACUGGACGACAUGAAGGAGUUUGAACCUGUCAUGGCAGAGUCUUGGAGGUGCAUCUUGCACGACUACACCCCCGAUUUGAUCAAAAGUCUGGAGAUUAAUUUCACUGGGACCUGGGGCGGUGAGGAAGUUGAACUUGAUCCAACAGAACCUGGAAAACCUGUCACAGCGUCGAACAAAAAAGAGUUUGUGGACGCCUUCAUCAACCAUGCCUUCAAGAAAUCAGUGGAGGGAGUGUUCGACGUGUUCAAGAAGGGCUUCUUCAAGGUGUGUGACAUCAGCGUGGUGGAGUUCUUCCAGCCCGAGGAGCUGCAAGCAGUGACUGUGGGCCAAGAAAACUAUGACUGGGAGGUGCUCAAGACGAACACCAUUUAUGACGGAGAAUACCACGACCAGCAUCCAAACAUCGUGACCUUCUGGGAGGUGUUUGAGGAUCUAACAGCAGAGGAAAAGAAAAAGUUCCUUCUGUUCAUCACAGGCUGCAACCGGGUCCCCUUCCUGGGCAUGGAGAGCAUCAAGAUGAGAGUCGCUGUCUUGGCCAACGCCACUGAGAUCCAUUUGCCAGAAUCCCUCACCUGUCACUGCCUGUUAUUACUGCCCAUCUAUCAGAGGUACCCAGUCAAGAGGACAAUGCAGACCAGGCUUCUUGAGGCUAUUCAUCACAACAGAGGCUUCUGGAAGAAAGUAGACACUACAGAAUGAAGUCUUCGUCAUUCAAGUUUCUGUAGUCAAAUCCUAUAUUGAACGUUAUUUUACUAUUACAAAGAAUACAAACUAAAAUUCACACAUAUUCAUGUAGCUUUGGCGUGUCAUAAAACUACGCACAGGUUUCUAACGAUUGUAAAGAUGUUAUAUUUGUGUGAUGAAGUAAAACUUGCUAUUUGUACCAAAUAAAACUCACUAAAUAAAUACAUUUAUCUUCAA